AUGGGGGAUAACCAGCAACAGCAACAGAACUAUGGGUCAAACAGGAGUGAUGGAAAGACAUCAAAGGCCACUGUGAUGCCAGCAAACAGGAAGCAUGUGUCAACUAUGAUGGCUGAGAAGACCGCAAAAGUGAUUGCAUCAACUGCAAAACAUAUCAAGAACAAGAAUAAGAUAAAUCCUGGGGAGUACGCUGUUCAGUGGUCUUCCACAGUAGGUGUGGAGGAGCUUGAAGUAGCUGGAAUCUCAUUCCACCAAUUAUGA